AUGUGUCAUUUGCUCUUUGUGUGUCUGAUCAGCCCCAGCAGGCAACCGUUUGCGCUCUUUGGCACCCACUCGUCCAGAGAAAACCUGAAUUCGGGCAAUUUCAGCUUCCCCUCGGAAGGGCACCUGCUUCGCAACACGGGCCUGGCUGGCAGCGUCGCCAAGCACAUGGUGGUCCAGUGUGUCUCCCCCAAGGGACCCCUGGCUUGUUCCCGGACCUAUUUCUUUGGCGCCACUCACACUCCUUACCUGGGGAAUGGCGAUGGAUUGGAAAAGAAAACAGAAGAAGUUAAACUCUUGUCUCAGAUCUAUUUUGCUGUGGUGGAAGCUGUCCUGGCUGGCAUAGACACCUUCUCAAAAACCUCCCAUGUUACAAAGGCGAAAGAAACAGCAGAGAAAGUGUUUUUCAAUACGCUUGAUGCUCUUCAACUCUCAUGCUUUAAAACUCCGCUACGCACCAAGAUUGAUUUCUGGAUGCAAGCUGUGAACAACCAAGGGAGAAUUAUUCCAGUGGAGAACAAGGACAGCCUCUACUUAGUUAAAACGGUGACCAUGGCGGUGUACGACAUCCCUGACCUGCUGGCCGGAAGAGGCUGCCUGGGCUCCGUGGUCUUCUCAGAGUCCUUCCUGACCUCCCAGAUUCUUGUCAAAGAAAAAGAUGGCAGCAUCAGCACAGAGACCAGUUACCUCAUCCUCACAGCGGCCAUCCCAAGAUCGGCCUCUUGGCUGGUGGAAGAGAAUGAAGUGAAACUCUCCGAACGGGCGCAGCAACUCCUGAAGAAAGAAGAUUCUUUCCUGGGAACCCUCCUGACGGGAGGCGAUGGAGCGUAUAUUGUCGCUAGCAAUUCACUCUGCAGACCGGAGGAAGGAAAGCUUUAUUUCUUUUCCGAGGGCCUAUUGUUCCAUCACCCCCACUACGGGAGCAUAACCAUCCCCAAGGCGCACAUGGUGUCCAUCCAGUUCUAUGACGGGGAUUCCACCAGUGUGGUUGCUGCACUUUUUGUACAACACAAGCCUUCUCUGCUUCCUCAUCUGCCAGUCCAGCUCCACACCCCAAACAACCUCCUGAUGAUUGCAGUUUUCCCAAAGUCGGCCCUUUAUAAAGCUUUCUAUUCCCAGGUCUUUUCCGCCUGGCAACAGCAGGGAAAUACGGGAGUAACGUUGAAAAUGAUCCAGGACGAUUCUCUGUCUGCAGAACAGGAAAGAUUACAUUCCAACAUGCAGAAGCUCUUUGAGGUCUUAUCCUAUCCUGCUGGAGAACGAUGGAACCAAGUGAGACUCCUUACCAGCCUCCCAGAUCUGGCCAGUUUUCUACAGCACUUUACUAUCAGUAGCGUCAGCCAAGAACCAGUGAUGAGGUUGCAUCUGCCGGUGCUUCUGCAGCAGACUGAGGACAUUCCUAAUAAUGAGAAGGAGAAUGAUAAGGUGGUCAUUACUAUCUUGACGGGUCUUCCUGGAUGCCAAUCAAGUGAAUUAUGCUCAUUCUUGGUCACGUUUAACAAAGAAUAUGGAAGGUGGCUUGUUUAUCGCCAAACCAUGGACAGUCCUGAAUGCUUCAGCGCUGCCCACUUCCAGAAGUACCUCUCCGGGGUCCUUGAAUCUCAGCACAGCCGAAGCAGCCGGCCUUCUGCUUAUCACCGGAAGAAAAUGAGGCUCCUGGUGGUCCUUCAAGGAUACACUGACGUGAUUGACGUUGUCCAGGCCCUUCAGACUCACCCGGACGCAGACGUGAAGGCCUCCUUUGUGAUUGGCGCAGUCACAACAUGUGUCGAGCCCCUCAGCUCUUACAUGGAACACAGGUUUCUCUUCCCCAAGUUUCUGGACCAGUGUUCGCAAGGUUUAGUGAGUAAUGUGGUGUUUACAAGCCACACAACCGAGCAGAGAAGCCCGCUCCUUGUCCAGCUGCAAAAGCUCAUCCGAGCUGCCAACUCUUCGGUUUCUUUUAUCCUGGCAGAAAACGGCAUCGUAACUCGGAAUGAGGACAUCGAGCUAAUUCUCUCAGAAAACAGCUUCUGCGAGCCCCAGAUGUUGGCAACUCGCUACUUAAUGUACCCCGGAUGGUUUGAUGGGAAAUUUAGAGCCGGUUCUGUCUUCCCCCCCAGGGUCCAAAUUUGUGUGUGGUUUAAACCGUCCUGGAGAAAAAUGCGCUUCGCGGCCAAAUGUAAAGCUUUGAAGUCGUCUAACAAAUCGAGUCCGUUCUCUGGGAACAUAUACCACAUUUUUGGCAAAGUCCAAGUUUCAGAUUCUGACCGGAUGGUUGAAGUAUGUCACCAUGCAUCUUCCAACACCUUAAGCCUGGUCCCUGUCCAGGAGGGGCCCCUCCCUCCUCCUGAGUCCAGAACCGAGAACCGGGACUAUUCUGGGUCCCAGGAAUGUUUCCUGGUGUUUGUGGGAUGCUCCCUCAAGGAAGACGACAUCAAGGACUGGCUGAGGCAGACGGCCAAGCAGAAACUACAACGAAAAGCUCUGAAAACUCGGGGCAUGUUGACGUCGCAGGAAAUCAAGACCAUUCACGUGACCCGGCACCUCGAUCCGCUUCCAGCUGGCUAUUUCUACAACGGGACGCAGUUUGUGAAUUUCUUUGGAGACAAGAUGGAUUUCGUCCCAGUCAUGGACCAGUUCAUGAACGAUUUUGAAGAGGCGAACCGAGAGAUUGAAAAGUACAACAGCGAGCUGGACAAACAGGAAUACCACGAUCUCUUCGAGCAGAAGAUCUAAGCCGGGGAUCCACGUGGGGGUACCAAAAAACUCCCCGAGACCCUUCUUCAACAGUCUGAAAAUUAAUUUGCCACCAAGAAAUCAUCUUCUUUCA